UUCCAGCCAGCAGUCGGUAGUAUUUCCUGUGUUGGUACAGACGUACUUCCGCCCUUGGUAGCUAUGGCUUUGGAAACGGUUCCGAAAGAUUUGCGGCAUCUGAGAGCCUGUUUGCUGUGUUCCUUGGUGAAGACCAUUGACCAGUUUGAAUAUGAUGGCUGUGACAACUGUGAUGCUUACCUGCAGAUGAAGGGGAACAGGGAAAUGGUGUAUGAUUGCACUAGCUCCUCAUUUGAUGGGAUUGUGGCCAUGAUGAGCCCUGAUGACAGCUGGGUGUCAAAGUGGCAGCGGAUCAGUGAGUAUUAUGAUAUACACACUAGGGGAUAUAAUUUAUAA